CCCCCAUAGAGGUUUUCUUUUGCUCUAUCGCUCCCAGCAGCAGCAUCGUUCGCCAAGCAGCAUUGUAUGCAAAAAGUUUUCCUAUGAACAAUUUUCACAGAUGUUCAUUUUAUAAGGGAAAUCAAAUUGCAAAUUGCUUUAAAUAAAACAAAAAGUACUCAUAGUUGCAUAAUGACCUGGUAGUAGUAAUAGUAGCUGCUGUUGUUGCUGUCGAUGGCUCCAUUUGGAUCUGGUUGUAGCUAACGUUAUGGUUGUGGUUACUGCAGUUUGAGUGCGCGUUUCAUGCAGUUUUAUUGCAUUUCGGUGUUGUUGUUGUUGCUGUUGCUGCUGUUGGUGCAACCAUAGCAAUGGAAACGUGUCGCACCUGUGCACUUUCCAUGUUUGUAUGCGAUUUUGAAAAUGGAAACAAUAAUUUUUUGGACCUAUUCCAUCCCACAUGCUGGCAAAGCGAAAUGGGCCAAAUACGCAUGGAGUUUCUUAACUGGAAUUUAAAGAUAUUACCGAAUGAUGGACUGCCUCAAAAGAUUUGUAGCGAUUGUUUUACAAAAUUUUGUUCUUUAUAUACAUUUCGUUUAACGUGCCAAGAGGCGCAGGUAAAACUAUUAAAUAUCUAUGAGAAAAUUGAUGCCAGCAGUUUGGAUGAUCAUUCGGACGUAGAACCGGAUCCAGAUACUCCGGAAGUUGAUUUGGACUUAAACAAUGAUAUUAAUGCCACAAAUGAAACAACAUCAAGAACAAUGACGGUUUCAACUGAAGCAACAUCAAACACUGCCACUGCUACUGCAGCUGCUGUUACUGCCCCCAUAGAAAUCUAUAUAGAUGCAGCAAAGGUGGCAGAUGCAACCGAAGAAUAUUCUUCCGAACUGGUCAUAAGCUACGCUUGCAAAUUCUGUUUCAAGCCGCAAGAAAGCUUUCAAUUGCAACAAAUGCUGCUGGAGCACAUCAGUAGCGAACAUGAUCCGGAGCAACCAUAUAAUUGUCCCGAGCCCGACUGUGACGAAGCUUUCCAGGAUGCCGCGUCGCGUACUGUCCACAUGAAGAGUGUUCAUGUUGAUAAGCAAUUUACUUGUGAUGUAUGUGGCAAGAAGUAUGGGGAUCGUCAGAAUUUACGACAUCAUAUCGAGAAAUAUCAUUCGGACACGGAUUUCGAAUGCAACAUGUGCGAGAAGCGCUUUUUCACCAAAAAGAGUCUUAAAUACCAUAUGAAAUGGCAUAAUCCGGAUCGCCAAUUAAAGUGUCGGCACUGUGAUCGAUUGUUCAUCUCAUCUGUACAUCUUACUAAGCAUAUGGCCACCCACACCCAAAUGGCAAGUGCCCGAAAGAGCGAACAUUGUGGACUGUGUGGCAAAGCGUUUAUACAUCUUAAGACUCUACGCUGGCAUAUCUAUAGACAACAUGGCGGAGAGAAGCCCUACAAAUGUAGCAACUGUACCCAAGUCUUUGCAUCGUAUGCGGAAAAAAGGAUACACAUGCUGGAGGACCAUAUGGAGAAUCUGACAGCCAUUGAGAGAAGCGAGUGCAUGCUGUGUAGACAGGUUUUUGGCAAUGAACAGGACCUGGUUCACCAUAUGAGAAGGGAGCACCUAAAGAGUCCAUCCGCUCCGGUGAUUGUGAAUAACAAGCGGGUUUUGCAACAAAAACGCGAACGUCAGUAUUCGGGCCUGUUCCAGUGCGAUAGCUGCCCGCAACGCUUCAAUAUGAAAUCUGCUCUGGAACGGCAUGCAGAGGUGCAUUCCGAAAAGGAUCGUCCUCAUGCCUGUGCACACUGUUCCAAGCGAUUCAAACGUGCCCAGGACAUGAAAUGGCACAUGAAAACGCACGAAAAAGUGAAGCCCAAUGUGUGUGAUGUGUGUGGCAAGGCGUUUGCCUUGAAGUAUGUGCUAACCCAACACAAAAGGAGUCAUGAAGUUCUCGAAAAGAACUUCAAGUGCAGUGUAUGCGGACGUACGUAUCUCUUUGAAAAAUCGCUGCGCCUCCAUCAACGAGUUCACACUGGGAUGACCUAUUACAACUGUGACCUCUGCCAGGAACGUUUUGUUACCCAUAUUAAGUUAAAAACUCAUAUGCAAAAGGUUCAUGCCCAAGCACAGACAAAGGAUUCCUCAUUGGAUAAUUUAAUUAACAUUGUGAUUUCCUAAAAAAUAUAAGCCCAAAUAACAGGAAGCAUUAGAGCUUAGCUCCAACAUCCUGAGAUCUACAUAUACCCUCCAUUUCCAAACUGUAUCAUUAACCAUAGUUUAAUCAAGACCAAACGGACUAAAGCACAGUCUUCUCUCUGUAACUCUUGCUCCCUUCAAUCCUGAACACAUUUAAUCUUUAAUAUACAUAUACAUAUUUUUCACUCUCUCGCCUUUCACGCCUACAUUAUACAUACAUACAUAUAUAGACACAUGACCAGUGGUGACCAUUUUAGUGAUAACAAAUGAAAAAAAACCCAAGAAAAUCCAAAACCAAAUUCAAAUGUUAUAAAAGCAAUUUUAGCUCCAAAGCGAACUUU